AUGGUCUACAAACCCAGCGUCUACCUCCUGCCCGCUGCCGUAGCCCUCGCGGCACUGCAGACGCAACAAGCCGCUGCGACUUCACUGGAAUUUGACCCUUUCACCACUUGCCACUCAUACGAAAUCCGUAACAAGAACUUCCCCGGUCGUGGUGGCGAAAUCAAAGACGACGGCAACUGCGUUGUCACGGUGCCAGAAGAUCCGAACGUACCGAGGGUGUGCUCAAUUUCGAAAGUUCCGGUGACUUUCAAGAGCUUGGUGCGCAGCAGUUCUGCAUCUCCGUCUAAGCAUGUGUACACAAAGAUGGGAAGGAAGGUUGGGUCC